AUGCCUUACCUGGGGCCUGACAUGACAACCCGGCUGUCCGCCAUGUUCUACACGGUCGAGGUCGGGGACACCAAGUUCACCAUCCUGAAGCGCUAUCAAAACCUCAAGCCUAUCGGAUCGGGCGCGCAGGGGAUAGUCUGCGCGGCGUACGAUACCGUCACUGCGCAAAAUGUGGCGAUCAAGAAGCUGUCCAGACCUUUUCAAAACGUGACACACGCGAAGAGGGCCUACAGAGAGUUCAAGCUCAUGAAGCUGGUCAAUCACAAAAACAUAAUCGGUCUUCUGAACGCGUUCACGCCGCAACGGUCGCUGGACGAGUUUCAAGACGUGUAUCUGGUGAUGGAGCUCAUGGACGCAAACUUAUGCCAGGUGAUCCAGAUGGAUCUGGACCACGAGCGCAUGUCGUACCUCCUCUACCAGAUGCUGUGCGGCAUCAAGCACUUGCACUCCGCCGGCAUUAUCCACAGGGAUCUAAAGCCAAGCAACAUCGUCGUAAAAUCCGACUGUACGCUGAAGAUACUCGACUUCGGCUUGGCGAGGACCGCCGGUACCACAUUCAUGAUGACGCCCUACGUCGUCACGCGGUAUUAUCGGGCGCCGGAGGUAAUUCUGGGCAUGGGGUACAAGGAGAACGUGGACAUUUGGUCGGUGGGGUGCAUCAUGGGCGAGAUGAUACGCGGUGGUGUACUGUUCCCGGGCACGGAUCACAUCGACCAGUGGAACAAAAUAAUCGAACAACUUGGCACACCGGCGCAGGAAUUCAUGCAACGACUGCAGCCGACCGUCAGGAAUUACGUGGAGAACAGGCCGCGAUAUCCAGGCUAUCCCUUCGAGAGGCUAUUUCCGGACGUCCUAUUCCCCUCGGACUCCUCGGAACACAAUAGAUUAAAAGCGAGCCAAGCCAGGGAUCUAUUGUCGCGCAUGCUCGUAAUCGACCCGGAGCGACGCAUUUCCGUGGAUGAGGCGUUGCUGCACAAUUACAUAAACGUCUGGUACGACGAGGGGGAAGUCAAUGCUCCCGCACCAGGUCCGUAUGACCAUAGCGUGGACGAGAGGGAACACACGGUGGACCAGUGGAAGGAGCUGAUCUAUCAAGAGGUAAUGGAGUACGAGACAAGCCACAAUCCCGCGGCGGUCGCUCAGUCGUCAGAGAGCGCUGGGAGUCGGUAGAUACCGCGGAACAGCAGCCCAUCCACGGUCCCCUUCUCAUCGAGAAAGCAUCCGGAUAGUCUGACCUACCGCUUGGAUAUCCCCGGAGCGUCGUAGCGAGAGAGAGAGGGGAAACCGGAGUAAGAAAAGGGUAGAAAGAACGAAGAAAAGAAAGAAGAUAAAUCGACGUCCACGAAUCUGUCUCCCUCUUCUUCGAGAAGGCAAGAAAUGCAAGUGGGAAAAACAUGGAAAGGGGAGAAGCUUACUCUGUCGAGUGUCGCAGGGGGGACAAAUCAUAAUCUUUUUGGCAGCACAUGUGAUCAAGUGACGAAACUAGUCUCGAAGAUGAUCAGUUAACGAUUCCCCCGUUCGAUCUUCUCUCUCCUGGAAUGAUCUGGGUGGACUUGGAUAAACGUUUCUGCGGCGGGCGAGACUCGCGACCGCCAUGCGGCACCUUUGACAGGUGCCACCGGAACACUCAAGACACCUUCGUCGCUUUCUUUACGUUUUACCAGAGCAAUGGAGCUCGGAUAAGGGAGAUCUUCAGGGUCGGAGGACAAGUUCGCAGAGAAGAGGAUCAGAGAGGGAACGAUGGAACUGCCUGGAUGAAAAAGAAAUUAUCACGUUGUCCCUCUCCUCAAUUACUGCCAGCCUGGGUUGUUGGACGAGUAUCUUCUCUCUUCCCCUCAGUUUCUUCGUUUCCUCGAUCAACGCGAGCUCUCCGAACACCUCCUCCGGGAAUCCUUAAGCCCUUGUUUUACAGUACGGUAUUUUUAUUUCGAUUCCUCGUUGCGUCUACUUGACUUUCCUUUUGGUACAAAUUUAUUCGCUCUGCAACCUGAAAGCGGAUGUCGUUUCGUACUCUCUGAUCGUCCUGUAAUCACGGACGAUGUUUGCCGUGCAUUUCAUAGCAAUAAAGUUGACGCGAAAGAGAAACGAUGUAGAAAUAUCGUUCCUGUGAUACCGUUAUGAAGUUUUACAAACGUCGGAAAAGAAACUGAUUGUUCUUUAACUUCCGGAGGAUUAAGUGACCGAUCGCCCGUUACAGCUUCCGAAAAGACCGAUCGAGCGUGUUUAUUGUUUGCGUGCGAGCAACAUAUACUAUAUAUUUUUCUUACCAUUGUUAAGCACAUACGGGAACAUACAAAUCUGAAUCAUGUAUUGUAACUUUUUAACAUGACAUACCCUAUGUCCUUUUGGAGUACGGGGUACAGAGAUAACAGAGUAAGGAGGUAAAGGAAAAUUUAUUACAGAGCUUAUAAUCGCUCGAUCUUCGUGUCGCGGAUGUAACGGGCGAUCACCUGGACGAGGCUAUCCUUAGGAUUUCGUUUUAUUAAGUCGCUGGAAGUCGCGAGGAAAAUAUAUAAGUUAGGUAAUAUUUGUUAAUAUUUAAUUCAUGUGGCUCCGUACGACAUAUGCAUGCCGCGUAAUGCAAUGAAGCGUGUGUGCGAGGGAAAUAGAAGAAAUGACGCCGCUACACGCUGAGUCUCGAAAACCGAUUGCGAAAGGAAAGAGACGCGAUCGAUGGGGUAUAGGAUUUUUUGUACAUAAUAAUUGAUUAUUGUGAAUUUAAUGCUGUGUGUGAACGAGAGUGUCCGCACGAUCUCGCGCGAUACAGAUUUUUUUUUAUAUAAGCGUAUACCUUUUGUUCGGAUACUUCGCAUCUCCGCUCUGUGUGCUUUCGUCUCGGUCGUUAUCAGUGCCAGUAGAUGCGCGAUUCAUUAUAUUCGUAGGUUCGUAGUCAAGUAAGAAACAAAUUGGCGAACGCUAAUUAAUUUUAUCAAAUCGACAGGGAGAAAGAGAAAGGAUAAGGUAGCGCAAUGUCACAACGCUCGAUCUCUGCGUCAGGGACGCUGCGUCAGGUCCCGGGAUUACCGAUUAUACCCUUAGUACCCGAGUAGUAGCGUGAUAAACGUUACUAUUCCCUUCUCGUGCAAUCUCGCGUACAACGUGUCGCGCGAUGUAAAAAACUCACGGUGCUUAAUAUUUUGCAAUCGGUGAAGUAACCGAGAGAAUUCGAUGUUAAAUCGACGCAAUAAUCGGUGGAAUAAAACUGCAAUCGAUUACGGCAUAGAAAGCGGCGAAAAGGGACGGUUUUCGCUUAGUUUGUUUUGCGAAGAUGUGAAUCUUUGCCGAAUGUUUAUUGAUUUUUUAUUAUUCUUCUUUUAAAUAGAUCGUGUGAUUCGUGUUAUAUAUAGGGGAAUAUGAUAUAAAGGAGAAAACACUUUUUUGACUAGAAUAUCGCAAAACGGUACAUAAUAAUGGACGAGAGUGAACUGGGUUGGGAGAGCCGAUGAUGCUGAUAAAGAUGAUAAUGAUGAUAAUUAUAUAAAAUAAUUGUAUUUAUUACGUGAAUCGACGAGGAGAAUCUACAAAUAAAUAGCGAAUCGAUGAAUGAUGGUGAAGAACAAUUGUAUAAUGUAAACGUUAAAUUUUUAUUUUCCACGACGAUAGUUAUGUGAAUAUAUUGCUACAGUCCGAUCCAAAUAUAAUCAAGCUUUUGUAACACUAAUUAUAAUAAAAAGUCUAAUGAUGAUACUGCUAAUUACACGUAAUUGUAUCGCACACACACGGUUAAAAAUUAUGAAGUAUGUGCUGCAAAUAAGCGGAGUCUCGAUUUUGUCACGUGUACGGAAGCGGAGAGUAGUGCGCCAAAAAUCUUUACAAAUUCAACUAGUUGUCGUCGCGUUGUAGAUCCACGACGAACAUCCCUUUCCAUCAUCGCAUUUCUUUCGCGUCUUAACAACCACUGUGUACAUCUCCCAUACGCAUAUUAUACGAACGAGCUUCUUCAUUACGAAACUAAGAAGUAUCAUUACAACACUUUUGGCAUCCUUUCGCCGCGCUAUUUUUUACUCUACGCGCCUAAAAAAUUCGUCGUCAAAAACGUAUAUCUACAGAUUGUUGUAUUUUGCAAUAACACACUUCAUCGAAAGUAAUGUGAUUAAGAUGAAAAUCGAACGCAACAUCUUUCCGGCGUUCUAGGUGUUAAUCCCGUAAAACAUAAGUUAAUUGAAAGGAUCAUUCUAUGUAAUUAUGUUUCUUCAAUCUUCAUAAUUGGGGAUUGGACAUAAAAUUCCAAUUAGACAAUAAAUUCAAAAUUUUUGGGAUUGUCUGUUAAAGACAGUCUUUAAGGAAAAAAAAUCAUAUUCGUCUAAUAUCUCGCACGACAUUUCUGAAUAACAAUUGUUUCUUUUCCUAGAGCAAUUUCCUAGAAUGAAAAUUUCCAUCUAGUCUGUCUUUCGAUUCGCCAACUUUCUCUUCUGUUUUCAAAGUGGCAUUUCGAUGUUUAGCGUGGACUAGCUAUAUCUUUUCCGCCCUACCACUUCGCAAAUUUAUUGCGCACGUAUCCAACCCCGAGAACGAACGCGUUAUAACACAUAAGAGAUAUAUUUUACGGCCCUCGCCACCAUCAUGCACGUUAAGUAAAGUCAAUUAUAUUUAAUCAGCGGACGAUACUUAGCAGUUAAAAAAAAUGCGUACUCAGAUUAUAUCUCUUGGGCAUUUGCACCUGCACACAGGGUAACUUCUGCGGCCCUUCGUGCGUGUACUCACAGGGUGAUCGACUCUCGUCGAACUUAACCGAAAAAAAAAACAAACAGGAAAGAAAGGGAAAAAUGCAAGAAAGAACUCAGAAAAAAAGUUGUAGCUAUUCCGAAAGGCGAAGACGAGGUGCGGUUGAAGGUGAGAAUGUGAGAUGAGAGAAAGGGAAAGAGAGAGAGAGAGAGAGAGAAAUAGAGAGAGAGAAAGAAAGAGAUACAACUAUUUUUCCAUUUUACAAGCUGCAAAAAGCCUUUUUCUUCACACAGUGAGCGCGCUGAAGGAAAACUCGGUGAACUAUGUGAUUCCUGAUGAAAUUUCGUCCAGCUCCUUCUUGUGAGCCAGCACAAUCUUUUAAAUCACUUUCGAGAAUCGCUAAAUCGCUUGCGACGUUUCUUUCCCGUCUGCGAAACGAGAAAGGAAGAAAGAAAAAGAAAGAGAGAGGGAGAAAGAGAGAAAGAGAGAAAAAACUGAGAAUUUUAUAAUAUUCGCUACGAUAAUCUCUCCCCGCGAUAUUUGUACCUAUAUAUACCGCAAGACAGAAUUUCUAAAGAUUUUUGGAUAUGUAAAAAAAAAGAGAGAGUGAGAGCGAGAGCGAGCGA